AUGGCAUCACCACUAAAUUUAUUGUCCACCCACAUCGCUAAAGGUUCUCCCAUAAUCCUGGACGGUGCACUGGCAACUUAUCUGGAGACGUUGGGAGCAGAUAUAAGCGGCGCGUUAUGGUCCGCAUCAAUUCUCUUGGAUCAGCCGUCCCUAAUCAAACAAACGCAUCUCGAUUACUACCGUGCGGGCGCCAAUGUCGCGAUCACAGCAUCUUAUCAAGCGUCCGUUGCAGGAUUAGUCAAGCACUUAAGCCUGAGUGAAGAGGAGGCCAAGCAAGUUGUGGCAAAGAGCGUGGAAUUAGCUCAGCAAGCAAGAGAUGAAUACGUUACCGAAACAAGUGAAGGUGUUCGCGGUAGAUUAUUCAUAGCGGGCAGCGUAGGCCCAUACGGCGCUUUCCUUGCAGAUGGCUCAGAAUACCGGGGCGAUUAUUCUAUCCCCCAAGAAGAGAUGAAGGACUUCCACCGCGGACGAAUCCAGGCCCUUGUAUCUGCGGGCGUCGACAUCUUAGCCUGCGAGACCAUACCAUCCAAAGGCGAAACCGAAGCUCUCCUGAACCUCCUUACCACAGAGUUUCCAAAGACAGAAGCUUGGUUUGGCUUUACACUACGAGACAGCUCGCACAUCAGCGAUGGAACAUCUUUGUCGGAGAUCGCAGCGCUCUUUGAUGACGUGGAACAGGUGGUUGCGCUGGGCUUCAAUUGCGUACCGGAUGACUUGGCGUUGGCUGCUAUGAAGAACUUGAAGCCGUUAGUGAAGAGAGGGACAUUGCUUGUGUAUCCCAAUUCUGGUGAGCAGUGGAAUGCUCAGGCAAGGAAGUGGGGAGGCAAGAGAACAGAAGGAUCUACGUUGGCGGAGAAAACGAGGGAGUGGUCUGAGGCUGGGGCUGGUUUGAUUGGAGGUUGUUGCAGGACUACACCGGAAGACAUUGGAGUUAUGAAGAAGGCACUUGAGGGAGGCCGUUAG